AGCAAACUCUCAAUUCUGAAACUGAUAUCUGCAACAGCCGCUUCCAGUCGACCACCGUUGCUUAUCAAAAAAAUCCAACAAAUUCAGUACAAAAUAAGAACGCAGAAAAGGGGUAUCUUUUUUCCUGUUUCUGGUUCUUAGUUAACCUCUAUGAAUCUAUUCGGUGAUACAUUGUAGACAUACGUGAAUUGUGUUUGAUUAAUAUUUCAGAGGCAGAAGGGAUUGAACAGUAGCACAACAUGUCUCAGACAAAUUGGGAAGCUGAUAAAAUGCUGGAUGUCUACAUCCAUGAUUAUUUAUUGAAGCGAGACUUGAAGGCCUCUGCUCAGGCUUUCCAAGCUGAAGGAAAAGUAUCAUCUGACCCUGUUGCUAUCGACGCGCCUGGUGGUUUUCUCUUUGAAUGGUGGUCUGUGUUUUGGGAUAUAUUCAUUGCCAGGACAAAUGAGAAGCACUCUGAGGUUGCUGCAUCUUACAUUGAGUCUCAGCUAAUGAAGACGAGGGAGCAGCAGCAGCAGCAGCAGCAGCAACAACAACAACAACAACAACCUCAUCAACCUCAGCAUCCACAGCAGCAACUGCAGAUGCAGCAGAUGCUGUUGAGGCAGGCUCAGCAGCAACAGCAACAGCAGCAGCAGCAGCGGCGAGACAGCAGCCAUAUUCCAAAUGGCACAGGUAAUGGCAUUAUUGGAAACGAGCCUCUUAACAGACAGAAUCCUGGCACUGCCAAUGCAUUGGCAACGAAGAUGUACGAGGAAAAACUGAAGCUGCCAGUUCCGAGGGACUCUUUAGAUGAUGCAGCUAUGAAGCAAAGAUUUGGUGACAAUGUUGGCCAGCUUUUGGAUCCCAAUAAUGCUUCAAUUAUGAAAUCAGCUGCAGCAACUGGAUCACACUCUGGGCAAGUGCUGCAUGGUUCGGCUGGUGGUAUGUCACCCCAAGUUCAAGCUCGGAGCCAGCAAUUUCCAGGGCCUACACCUGACAUGAAGACUGAAAUGAAUUCGAUGACUAACCCUAGAUCUGCUGGCUCAGAAGGAUCGCUAAUUGGGAUCCCUGGGUCAAAUCAAGGUGGCAACAAUUUGACAUUAAAAGGAUGGCCGCUAACUGUAAGUGAAUUAUGUCUUCAGAUGCUCUGCUCUGGGAUGGGGUUGGGGGAACUACUGAACUUUCCUUGCUUUUGGCUACACCAUUAUAGCAUGAGUUCUGAAAAAAAUUGGAGCACAUCUUAUGCCGUUAGGUGUGAUGGAUGUAGUUUCUCACAUUUAAUAGUUACCUUCUUAACAUCCACAACUUUCAAAAUGUCUUCCAUGCAUUUCAAGGCUUCAAAAAACCAGACUGGAAGAAAAAGGAAACAACCCGUAUCCUCUUCAGGACCUGCCAAUAGCUCCGGAACUGCAAACACAGCAGGGCCGUCUCCAGGUUCCCAACCUUCAACACCCUCCGGAGAUGUGAUGUCGAUGCCUGCUUUGCCACACACUGGCAGUUCUUCAAAGCCUCUUAUGAUGUUUGGAGCUGACAAUGCUGGUACUCUUACAUCAUCAAAUCAAUUGUGGGACGAUAAAGAUCUUGUGCAAUCUGAUAUGGUGGAUCGCUUUGUGGAUGAUGUUGAAGAUAAUGUUGAGUCCUUUUUGUCUCACGAUGAUGGAGAUCCCCGAGAAGCAGUUGGUCGUUGCAUGGAUGUUAGCAAAGGGUUCACAUUUGCAGAGGUCAGUUCUGUUCGUGCCAGUACUAACAAAGUUGCGUGUUGCCACUUCUCAGCAGAUGGCAAGCUGCUUGCUACAGGCGGCCAUGACAAAAAGGGUGUUUUGUGGUCUACUGAUAAUUUGAAGCCAAAAUCUGCACUGGAAGAACACACGUCAUUUAUUACUGACGUACGCUUUAGUCCAAGCAUGGCACGGCUUGCAACAUCGUCUUUUGACAAAACUGUCAGAGUUUGGGAUGCCGACAAUCCGGGCUAUUCACUUCGUACCUUUACUGGACAUUCCUCCGGAGUGAUGUCCCUGGAUUUUCAUCCUACCAAAGAAGAUCUCAUCUGCUCAUGUGACAGUGAUGGUGAGAUACGAUUCUGGAGUAUUAACAAUGGUAGCUGCACAAGAGUUUCCAAGGGUGGCACUGUCCGAGUAAGAUUUCAACCUCGUCUGGGAAGAUAUCUUGCUGCAGCUGCUGAAAAUGUUGUAUCUAUAUUGGAUUCGGAGACACUGGCUUGUCAACAUUCAAUGAAGGGUCACACAAAACAUAUUGAGUCUGUUUGUUGGGAUACUUCUGGCGAGCUCUUGGCAUCUGUCAGUGAGGAUUCAGUGCGAGUCUGGACUCUUAGAUCUGGGAGUGAAGGUGGUUGUUUGUACGAGCUUAAUUGUAAUGGCAACAAAUUCCAUUCCUGCGUUUUCCAUCCUACAUGUCCUUCAGUGCUGGUUAUUGGCUGUUACCAGUCACUGGAGCUGUGGAACAUGUCCGAGAAGAAGACAUUGACCCUUCCAGCUCACGAAGGAUUGAUUGCUUCUUUGGCUGUAUCAGCAGCCUCGGGUCUCAUUGCUUCUGCUAGCCAUGACAGAAUUGUUAAGCUCUGGAAAUGACGACGAUCUAGAUUAUUUUGGCAGGAUCUCUACAGAUGUAGUUUGUAUUUGCAUUGUAACAAAUACUUCAGUUUUCCUGGUCCUUACAUAGGAACCAACUCUAUACUGAUACUGUUCUCUCUUUUGACUGCCGUUGUUAACCAGUGAAAAAUGUACUUGCAAUCUGCAGAAGCUCGUGGGAUUAGGUUGUGUGAUAUCGAGGACUAGACCAUAUAAUGAAGAAUAUGUAUUGAACCUACUCAAAAAAUUGCCCCGUGACAUGAUUAUAUAUUAUUAUUUUUUCUUUAAUA